GUGAGCCACGCUAUUAGCUCUAGGGUAGCUGUUUCUGCAUGGAUGCGCAUCAGCCACGAACAAGGCAAUUUCAUCAUUAGUGAACACCUUUUGAUCACGUGCACAUGGACUUACAGCUGAAGGGGCAAUGUCACCAAAAUUAAUACACGCGAAUAUACUUUGUUUUACUGGUGUGUUGCUCCUGUUAUUGCCAGUGUUUUGUGAACUAAGUGCAGCAUCUACAAGUUUUGUGACACGAAUCAACAUCUCCGCAAAUGAACAAGUGACCACGUCAAGCUCAUUUACGACAUCCCAAGUGAGUACUUUUUCAGAGAAAGUUGGUAGACCAUACCUGUUUACAUAUACUACAUCGCCCACAAUACGGGACACAGCAGUGCCUUCCCACAUUUCGAGCACAUCUCAACUGUCAGAAAUUAAUAAUGAAAGCUCAUUCGAAGACAAAAUGCCGAUUUCCGCUACAGCAAAUACAGAAGCUACUAUAAAACCUACGAAUAAUGAAAUUGAAGAACUGAUGAUUACAGAAGAAAAUGUUGCCACGAAUGCCACAACUGCACCCACGUUUCGAAGCCUCAUGGACGUUAUGCUCACAGAGUCUGCGGAAGCUUUUCCCACUGCAUUGCCAGCUACACCAGCGACGAUGCAGGCAACGAAAGGAUCAAAGUUUCUCGAUGACAUCAAGGCCAUGGUGAAAGAGCUCAUGUCUACAACUGGAGGUGAACUGACGCGAAAGCUGCUACAAGCCGACAUAUCUGCUGACUGCACCUUCGGCUUGCUGAAGUUUACGCGAGCCAUCCAAGAUCUAGAGCCCUGGGCCAUGAGACUUAUCGACGCUACUGGCAAGUACCCCUCUGGCUUCUUUCAAGGUACAUUUGCCGACCUCGGCGCCUACGACGAGUGCAUCGAGACCGUGGUGCUAGAUGAGUAUGGGACAAUGAAAGUGCGCGGCCAGUACUGCGACGUGCAUUUGUCACCAGGCGACGAAGAAUCAGUCGCUGAGCUUGCGUUACCGCCCAUAGUAGAAUACAACAAGCGGCUUUCAUCGGGCGUCUCAAGCUGA